AAUGAUAUGAAAGAGGCGCCGGAACCAUUUAGGGUAAAGCUGUGCAACGACAAUCUCUCUUCUCGGUGACUACCAUCCAAACGAAAGUAUCGAAGGCGAAAGGGAACAGUUGGCAUGCAAUCUCUGUACCCUUUCUUGUAACUCGAUAGUAAAUCCAGUUUAUCUUCUGUUCUAUUAUGCCCACUAUGGCUACUGAAAAAUCAAGCGUUUCAUUGGCUGAAGAAAUCAAAAUCCAAGCUAAUGAAGCUUUUAAAGCCAAUAAGUUUUCUCAAGCAAUUGAUUUGUAUACACAAGCAAUCGAGAUAAACGGUGAAAAUGCUGUAUAUUGGGCGAAUCGAGCUUUGGCUCACACUAAGUUAGAGGAGUAUGGUAGCGCAAUCCAGGAUGCAUCCAAGGCUGUUGAGAUUGACCCCAAGUAUUCUAAGGGUUAUUACCGGCGAGGUGCUGCAUAUCUUGCAAUGGGAAAGUUUAAAGAUGCUCUCAAAGAUUUUCAACAGGUAAAGAGAAUAUCUCCAAAUGAUCCAGAUGCUUCAAAGAAAUUGAAGGAAUGUGAGAAAGCUGUUAUGAAGCUCAAGUUUGAAGAAGCAAUCUCUGUACCUACUUCUGAACAACACUCAGUAGCUGAAUCUAUUGACUACCGAACCAUAGAUGUGGAGCCACAGUAUACUGGAGCAAGAAUAGAGGGAGAUGUGGUAACUUUAGAUUUUGUGAAGAAAAUGAUGGAUGACUUCAAGAAUCAGAAAUGCUUACAUAAACGGUAUGCCUUCCAGAUUGUUCUACAAACGAGGGAAAUCCUAAUGGCAUUACCUUCUCUUGUUGACAUAAAUGUUCCAAAUGAAAAACACUUCACUGUUUGUGGUGAUGUUCAUGGUCAAUUCUUUGACCUUAUCAACAUCUUUGAACUCAAUGGCCUCCCUUCAGACGAAAAUCCUUAUCUCUUCAAUGGUGACUUUGUUGACCGUGGCUCCUUCUCUUUAGAAGUUAUUCUCACACUGUUUGCCUUCAAGUGUAUGUCUCCAUCAGCCAUACAUCUUGCUAGAGGAAACCAUGAAAGCAAAAGCAUGAACAAGAUUUAUGGGUUUGAGGGAGAGGUUAGGUCAAAACUGAGUGAUAAAUUUGUGGAGCUUUUUGCUGAGGUUUUCUGUUAUUUACCAUUAGCCCAUGUUAUAAAUCACAAAAUAUUUGUGGUUCAUGGGGGUCUCUUUAGUACGGAUGGUGUCAAGCUCUCUGACAUUAGAGCUAUUGAUCGCUUCUGUGAGCCUCCAGAGGAAGGGUUGAUGUGUGAGAUAUUAUGGAGUGAUCCACAACCUAACCCUGGUAGAGGACCAAGCAAACGUGGUGUAGGUCUCUCUUUUGGUGGAGAUGUAACAAAAAGGUUCUUGAAGGAUAAUAAUCUAGAUUUGGUUGUGCGAUCUCAUGAGGUGAAAGAUGAAGGGUACGAAAUUGAACAUGAUGGAAAACUCAUCACUGUUUUCUCUGCUCCAAACUAUUGUGACCAGAUGGGAAACAAGGGUGCUUUUAUUCGAUUUGAGGCCCCCACCAUGGAGCCCAAGAUUGUCACAUUUUCAGCUGUGCCACAUCCUGAUGUGAAGCCAAUGGCAUAUGCAAGCAAUUUCCUGCGCAUGUUCUCUUAGGGUUGGUUUUUGAUUGGUGAAGAUGAUUGGAUGAAGUGAAAUGGUUUCUCUAAUCUACAAUUGCACAUAUUGCAUGAAACUUCUGGGACACGUGCUGGUUUUGUUUUUACCCUCUUUUUGUUAAUUUUACGUGUUUCCAUUUAUAGUUAAUGUAAUGGAAAAUCAGGGUUGCAUGAAUUAAGAUUAAGGACGUUUUGUAUAAUGUGUUUCUGUUUGUUUUAACCCUGUAUUUAUUAUCAAUUUUUUAGAAACUUUGGUUUUUUAUCGUUUCUUUUUAAACCCCCAAGACACCAAUUGAAUUGUGUAGAACAAUAAAGAAAUUAUGCUUACUUACUUUGUCUUUGGAAUGUUAGAAUUUGAAGCACUCAAGGUUAUGUGAGGUUUUAAAAUUCUGAUUAGUGAAAUAAUGUCUAGAUAUUGUAUGUAUUAUUGGAUUAAUGAUUGUGCUUUGGAUA